GGAAGUGUUCAGGACCGCUACAGCACCAGCUGGUUUUAAACAUGACUUUGAUUGACUCAUAAUUACUCUUUGGCUGGUCUAAACAUUCGUUUGAUGUAGUAUAUAGAUAUAUUGUUUUACCCUAUUAUUAAAGUACAGUUGAGUUAUUUCGGUAUAAGGACUUUUGGAAAGGAUGAUUACGCGUACUUUAUGCCACAUGUGUUUGGGGACUCGAAGCCACACUCGGUGGUUGACGUUACGAUUUCACAGUACAUUGACAGCUACGUUUGCAGAUGGUAAAGCAGGCACCAUCAUCAAAUCAGUGUCUACAAACAUUUUUGAAAAUUUGGCUUUGGAAGAUUGGAUUCACGAUAACAUCGAUCUUCAAAAACGAAGCAUACUUUACCUGUGGAGGAAUACGCCGACAGUUGUCAUUGGCAGACACCAAAACCCAUGGCAGGAAUGCAAUCUCAAAUUGAUGACAACGAUGGGGAUGCCACUUGCAAGAAGACGCAGUGGAGGUGGCACGGUUUUUCACGAUUUGGGCAACAUUAACAUGACGUUCUUUACGUCUAAGAAAAAUUACGACAGACACAGAAAUCUCUCUGUAGUGACUAACGCCUUAAAAACACUGCGACCAGGACUAGAUGUGCAGUCAACAGAGAGAUUUGAUAUCUUGCUCAACGGACAGUACAAAAUCUCGGGAACUGCUGCCAAACUGGGUCGUAGUUCUGCCUACCAUCACUGCACGUUGCUUUGUUCUGCAGAUCGAUCUGUGUUGUCAUCAGUACUUAAAAGUACUUAUCAGGGAAUCAAAAGCAAUGCCACCCCAAGUGUUCCCUCUUCCGUAAAAAACCUGUUUGACGAAGACCCUACUUUGGACUCUGAAACCAUAAUGACGGCUCUUGCGUCUCAGUACAACAUGGAAUUUGGAUUCGACAGUCCUAUUUAUGCUGUUGAUCCUGGUGAAGAAGAGUGUUGGCCAGGUAUUCAGAACAUGGCCCAAGAACUUCAGACUUGGGAGUGGGUGUACGGAAGAACGCCAAAGUUUAGUGUUUGCACUAAUUUCGAUGUCCAUGGUUUGUCAUCGAGCGCCAAUAUCACAUUAAAUCUGGACAUAAAGAAUGGUAUCAUAGAAAAUUGUGUGAUGGACAUGUCUACAGAAUGGUUGCCGAAAAAUGUAUCAGAAGAGUUUGGCUCAUUUCUGAAGGGGUGCAAGUUCUGUCCGAAUGAAAUGGCAAUGCUAGUUGCAGCUUUUCUGAGAGUAACACCCUUGGGUGAAUAUUCUUCCAGAAUGUAUAGUCUGUGUGAGAAUGUAAUUGCAAGAGUGUAAUGGAAUUCAAUAAACGAACAAAUUAAUGCAAA